AUGCAGAAUAACAUUGAACAAGGCUCGGACGAAAAAGAGCGUGCAGUUCAGGCGAGUAAAAAAAUCUUGCAAAUGGUCGUCACGAACUGGAAAACAUAUACUCCAAAGCGGCACAUGCGCAAACGGCUCAAGAAUUAUCAAGAGCAACAAUUGAAGGAAAUUCCUGGGGCUUCCAAAAAGACUGGUACCGUCAUGCAUGCGGCGCUGACCACUGAGAUCGACAGCGAAGAUUAUAAAGUGGACGGGCGAACCAUGGAGACGGGAAUGCGUGUUCGAAAUCACGCAUUAAUACAUUACAUCGCGAAGUUGGCCGUCUCCAAUCACGAUAAUGAUACUUUUGAUUUCGAAUUCGUUCAGAGUUUGCUCAAGAACGGUGCGGAUAUAAAUGCGACUGAUAAAUACGGUCAGACUGUGUUUCAUGAAGUAGCCAGAUCGUGGCACGCUGAUGUCGCCGAGUUUUUGAUAACAAAUGGUAAGGUAGUGAAUCCUACUGGUACUAAACACCUGGGGCCGGUUGUAUAAAAAAGUGAUUAAAGUUAACUAUAGUUAGUGGAAACGUCAUCCAAUAAGAAGCGCGUAUUUGAGAGUUAAUCGCUAUUUAACUACAAAAUAGUGAUUAAAAAGUGAUUAAGUGUUUUAUACAACCGGCCCCAGAUGUGACAUGUUUUCACUUGUUACUCUGAACCUGCAAUACGCUUAUUACAAUCGAAGCAUUAAAAUUUUUAGUAAGAUGCCCAAAAUCUUGUAGUGGAGUCUGUAUUUAUUUUUUUUCUCACAGGUGCCAACAUGAACCAGCAAGACAAAUAUGGUCGUGCACCACUGCACGUCGCUGCCGCAGUUGAUUACGUUGAGAUGGUCGAGUUCCUGGUCACCAAGGGAGCUGAUGUUAAUAUACGUACCACUGGUGAAGAACAAACACCCAUCCAUUUUGCAGCCAAGAAUGACGCUUGUAAAAGUUUGAAGGCUUUGAUCGCUUAUGGAGUGGACGUUAGUUGUAGAGAUUAUCACGAGAGGACACCUCUACAGGUUGCGCAUUGUUUCUGCUUCAGUUUUACCUUAUAUCUAAACCUGGUUACUUUUGGCACUAUAUACCAUCGGUUAUUUUUGCAUGGUAUACUCUUUCCCUCUGGAAAAUGAUGGCUCACAUCUCCUAAGGCCAGAAUCUGAUAUUUAGUUCUCUAAAUAUGUGGCUGAAUGGGAAGUUCCAAGACUUAUUCAAAACUCAUUAAUAAUUCAUGAGGAAAACACAAAGAAAAAUCAUAAGCGUGUCGUAUCUUUAUAUGUGAUACAGAUUUCCCUUGAUUUACAUAAACUUUAACUUUGAUUUUCUCGACUUACACAACGAAUUUUUUGAAAAUUACUUCGCCAAUGAAGUUACUAGAUCGAUCGUUUUUGAAGCGAUUUAAAACAUUCGCAAAGGCCGCAGUGCGAUCAGACAUAAAGAUACUUGGCUUCGCCUCGUAUCUUUAUAUCUGAUAAAACACUGCUGCUCAUGUUUUAAAUUGACAUAAAAUGAGCAGAGUUCUAAAAGUGGGUUUAGUCCAAAAGCUUUAGGGAAGAUGUGGAAUUAACAAACCCGAAACGUGACCAAGCAGCCUAUAUUAUAAAAUUAUAGAUUUUCAAAAGUGAGUAUUUAUCGAUCACGGGAAGAUGCGCGGCCAGGAUUAUACAUAAUAACGUUCUCUGGCUAGAUAUUUUUAUUUACGAGCUUUCAGCGCUAUCAGAUCGAUAGCCUUCAACACGUAAACGAAUCUAAAUUACAGUGAUAAGAAUGUAUGUAACAACAUAUAUAACACAGGAAUAGCGCAGGCGAUUAAUUAAUAGAAACAUCUAGUUACUAGUGUUAUUGUUUUUGAAGAAAAUAGAAUAUUGUUGCGGAAAUGGUUUCGAGUUAUUAACAAUAGCAUGCAGUGCGUCAUGAUUCUAAAGUUUUUCUAAUGCUCUUAUUUCUUUUAUCGAUAAUAUGCCCGUUAUCAAAGUCGAUUCUAUACGAGCAAUUACUCCAUGCAUGUUUGGCUACGUUUGAAUUUUUUUCAUAGUUCUUAACAUCCCAAAUGUGUUAUUUCUUCCAUGUUUCGAAUGAAUGUUUUGCCAAUGUAGUCCCAUAGGCAAUCUCCGCAAUUCAGUUGAUAAACUACAUUAGUUUUAUUUAUCUCGGGAACUCCGUAUUUGGAUGAAGGGAACAGUUGUUUUAGGGUUCGUAUAGGUUUAUUGUAACUCUGAUGUCGUAUUUUUGUCGAAUUCAUAUGUGAGCGGUUCUGUGAUCUCUCGUAUGCAUGGUAAAACUGCAUACGGGCUAAGUGAGGUUUGUGAUUCAACUAGUCUGUGGAGUUCUACUUAUCUGACGAGUUCUUCCCGCGGCUAUAAUCAGGUAGCUUUGACUUUUCAGUUUUUGCUAUAAUCUCUUUGGGGAUACCGUUGUGCUUCAGUUCCGUCGUUCUAGCUGUCUUCUGUGUUGCUUAGUUCUUGUCAUAAUGAGAUUUGUAUUUGAGAUAUCUGUCAGUAUGGGUUUUUUUAUAUGAACUGUGACGUAGAUUUUGUUGUUUCGUCGGAUGGUUAAUAUGUCAAGGAAAAGUAGUUCUUCAUGUUCGACUGUGAAUGAUAUAUUUUGGGUCAAUAGAGUUAAAUGUAUAGUGAAAUUUGUUUACAGAGAUGUUGCUCUUUCUAUCGCUUGUUUUUCAAUUUCCUUUGUACACAAGUCAGCAACCACCAGACGGAUGGGGCUAGCCGUAAAAUUCAUUGAGGAGAUUUCCCAUGCAUGGAACUACAUUGGUAAAAAAGAACGUUCAUUCGAAACAAAAGAGAAAGAACACAUUUGUGAUGUUAAAUAUUAUGAAAAAAAGUUCAAACAUAACCAAACAUACAUGGAUCAACACCUUUGAUGACAGGAAUAUUAUCGACACAAGAAAUAAGAGGAAUAGAAUAAAAUUGAGAAUUGGUUAUAAAAUUGAGAAUGGUUACCCACGGCAUUUCAUAGAUAAUGCUAUGAAAACGCCACAAAGUAUACAGCAGAAGAUUGAGUAUCAGUCGUCUGUUUGUCUACCAUACAUUGGCCCGGCUUCACACAAAAUCGAAAGAAUUUUGAGGAAUGAAGCAGGUAUAAAGGUAUACCAUUCCAGCGAAAACAAAUUGUUUCGAGCUCUUUGCACACAUAAGGACAAUGUAAAUGAAUCUCAGAAACCUGGUGUGUACCGCAUUCCUUGUGAAUGUGGUCUGGUUUACAUUGGUGAAACUGGUCGAAAUCUCUCGGUACGUCUUAAGGAACACAAGACGAAUUGCGAGAAAGCCGAGCAAGAUAAAUCUGCUGUGGCUAAACAUACUUGGACUUACGACCAUCGUAUAAAAUGGGACGAAGCAACCAUUCUGGCGAUUGAUAGUCACAAGUUCUCUCGCAAAAUGAGAGAGUCAAUUGAAAUUGAGAAGCACAAUACUAUAGAUCAGGAGGGAAAGCCACUAGAUAGUACGUGGCGUGCUCUCUUUAAUGUGCAAAAUUAAUUUCUCUUGUCUUGGAUGCGCGCGCGUUAAUUGGAAUCACUUCACUACGUUUGGAAUGACGUGGUUGAUGUGCCGUUUAAUUAAAUUUCAAAUGACGCGAGCCAACAGAUCACGACACUUUUGUAUAUAAAAGAGCGUGUGAAUUAAACAAGUCACAUAUUAUUAGCACUGAUGAAGAUCCGGGCUUACGGAUCGAAAGCUUUGCAGUAAUAAAUUUACGUGGUGUUUUCACAAACAAAACCUAUUAUAUUUUAUCACCAUGCAAACAUACAAAGAACUUAUUAGGAAUAGAAUAACUUUAGAAUCAUGGCACACUGUAACGACGCAGACAAAUAACUCAAAACUACUUCAACAAUACUCUGUUAUCUUGCUAUUCUUGUAUUAUAUAUAUUGCUAUAUUCUUAUCACUGUAAAUUAUAUUCUUUCACCUGUUUUAGGUUAUAGAUCGCCUAAGAUCGGAUAGCCGAAAGCUCGUAAAUAAACAUAUCUAGCCAGAGAACGUUGUGAUGCACAAAUCAAAUUUCACUCCCAAAACGCAGAAAUAUUUCUCAUUCUGGACUUCCACAAUUUAAAAUGUGCUGCAAAAACAUGCCCCAGAACGCACACACAAUACUCACUAGCCUUUCAGGUAUCCAAUAAUAUGAAUAUAAACAGCCGUACUUUACGCUGAUGAUUCAAAGGUAUACCAAAGUGCGUAAGAUUCUUGGUUUCCUGCUACAAUAAAUCGAAAAAGGGGAAGGCCCUUAUUGGAAUUUAAGAGGAACAGUUUAGUUAAAAAAGCUAGUUUGAUUUUUCUUCUAAUUUUAUGCCUUUUCAAUUCCUAGCUCGCUGCAGCGAUGAGUAGAUCAAAAGCUGCUCGAGAGUUGAUCGACCUUGGUGUCCCGGCAGGCGUCUACGACAAGGAUGGGGAGAUGGCCGUCUCUUUGCUCGUUAUUAAAAUGCCAGAUGUCGCCAAACUUGCUUUGGAUCAGUUUUACUCCGAGGAUCACAUCAACAACAAGCGAUAUUACUUCCUGAACUAUUUGGAAGGCAGCCGUGUGGUUAAUGGGCGAUCCUCAGCCCGCACCCCCCUGGAAGCUGCUGUGGUCAGCAAUAGCGUAAAUAUAAUCAUGCAUCCCGUUAUGCAAUGCCUGAUUGUGACGAAGUGGGAAAGGUUUGGUCGGCGUUGGGCGUGGUUUGAAUUCGUCUUGACCAUGGUCUCUGCAAUAAUCUGGACCACUAUGGGUGUGACCUUACCUUUAGAUCAUAACUCAUUGUAUAAUCCACCUCGUGAAAAGUGGUGGCGAAUGGUUUUAGCUUGCAUAGCACUCCUGCUAACUUUCUACGAAUUGCUAAGGCAGGUUGUUAUGACAAUCCGCACCAAUCGUUCCCUAAUACAAUGGAAGAAUUAUCGCGAGAAAUCGUUGUCGCGUGAUAAACCCUACUGUCAUCCGCAAUGGCCCGACGAAGCAAAGUACGUUGACAGUGAAAUAAAGAGCGUCCACGAGCACCGUUGGCUUGCAACGCACGAUCGUUGGGUAUACAUGGACUGGUUGGCACUUUCCCUCAUCGUUGCCUCGGCAAUUUCCCACGUGGUGUUCUUCUGGCAAGGCACGCAGGAGGCACACACUGUUCACGUGCGUAUUAUGUGCGCGCUCUUGAUUAUCAUCUGGGUGCGUAUACUGAAAUUCGUGCGACCGUUUCAAGGCACUGGUGCAUUUGUGGCGUCCUUCACCAGGAUGCUGGGUGAUAUCUUGCUCUCUUUGUUCUUGAUCGUCAUUAUAUUUCUGCCUUAUGGCUCGUGUUUUUGGAUCCUGUUUGGUGGACUCAGUCCAUCUCCUGCAGUAGGUUUCAGAACGAUGCCUGUGGUUCUAUAUGAGGUAAGUCAGCACGCAAUAUGCAAUUAUAUUGUGAUCAGACCCCCAACUGGACAUGAAAUUUUAACAAUGGGGAGCUCAGUCCUCCUGAAUUUGAGAGGUGCGCCAACAAGAUUUUAUGUUUUUAAAAACACUUCUCAUCGCAAAAACGCGACAUAGAGAAAAAAAUGCCCUUUAAAAGAAAAUGUAUUAUGUCGGGACAUAGGAAACUGUCCACAAUAGAGAGGUGCGUCUAUUGGAGAGGUCUGGGUGUACACCGUUGAAUAAUUGUAUUUACCAUGCAUACUAUUACUUAUUUCUUGUUGUUAUAUCUAGGUGUUCCAGAUGACUGUAUUAGACACUAACCACAGCAUAGAAGAAUUCUUGAAAGUGGAUCCUUUCAUGGCUAGAUUGUUAUCAUGUAGCUAUGUCUUCAUCUCAUUCGUAAUCGUCCUCAACUUAAUCAUAGCAAUGAUCACAGAUACUUUCAAACGCGUGUUCAGUCAGGCGCAAGAGCACGCCGCGAUGGAACGAGCCAAGACUAUCUUAAACAUAGAAGAUUCCAUGCGCGAGAAGUCUAGGAAGCUUUAUUGGGAAUAUAUUCGUGAUCAGUGUAGUCCGCUGACUAUGAGUCGUCUGAAUAGACAUGGUAGAACAAUAUUUUCAGAAAAGGUAUUGUAUUUUUGUUGCCUAUUAAUUAUCGCCCAUAACCUUUGAAUAUAUUUAUGAUUCACAAUAGUAGUACAUAACUGAGUAAAGGUAAUGGCUAAAAUGGAUGGACGAGGAGGUUUUUAAAAUAGUUCAAUAAUAUUAAGGUUACUUCACACGAUGAACGUGCGUUUUAGUCUAUUGGAAUUGCGCAACGAAUUUUAGGUGUAUAACUUUACCAAAUUUCCAGUGAAGAAAGCCAGGAAAAUGCUGAUUUCGAAAAUUUUUUUUGAUGGGUGUUCAGUAUAAACAUUUUCAGUAUUGGCUGACUGAAUAAAUAUAUAGGUACCUUCAUAAAAAGAUCAAAAUAUGUUUAUAGUUUACCUCAACGUUUGUCUAGAUAUCGCAAUUCGAAUCUUAAUAGGCACGGUAAAAAAUAUGUGUGCGGAAAAUUUCUCUUCUUUAGUGGUCUUUAGUGGUUUUUCUGAUAUGCCCUGAUUUUACAUUGAGUUAUUGGCAAUAAUAAUAUGACCUAGCUCAUCUUAACUGAAUAUGCAUGCGUAUAGAAUGUGCAUGCUGACAUACACAGAAUACCGCUAAAUUAUAACGUUUUUUAAACUUUUGGCAACGAUUUUCAUUUAUUGCUUGUUGGAGGGGUUAUAAAGGUACACUAAAGCAAAACAAAAGCGCAUGAAAAUCCUUGACUGAGCCCACAAUGUCAUGCAAUGAAUACGUAGCAACAUGAACAUUUUUCAGUGCAAUCUUGCUGAAAAUGUCCCGGCUAAAAAAUCAUAAUAAAAUAAAGGGACGAACCCUGAUAUAUGCAGUAUAUGAAAAAAGAAACAUAACACAAUGACUUCUGUUUAGUUUUGAGAAAGAAGUUAAUAAUAAGAUUUCUAUAAUACUUUUUGUUUCUGGAAACACCACGUAAAUUUAUUACUGCAAGGCUUUCGAUCCGUAAGCCUAGAUCUUCAUCAGUGCUAAUAUAUUCGUCAUCGCGAGACAGGCUAAUUCACACGUCCUUUAAUUUUAUAUACCAAAGUGUCGUGAUCUGUUGCGUCAUUUGAAAUAGCAUUUAAUUUUUUGUCUCUGUAAUCCAGACCAUUCGAAAUAAUGAAGAGAAUGUUUGCAUGUCGACUUGUGUCUUAGCCCGGGUUUACACUAUGACGCUACGGCUCACCAGGCCCGUAGCUGGGGGGGAGGGGGCUGGGGGGGGCAGUGCCAAGAGCACAAGUAUAGUACUUUUACAGUGUAGAAGAAUGUUCCGUUCGAUCCCAAUUUUUCUGAGCUGGAAAGGAAAACUAGCUGCUAGCACGAAAGUCAAAAUCAUCCCAACCCCUCUGUUACAUUCUUUCUGCAGUGCCCCCCCCCCCAGAAAUUGAGAGCCAGCUACGGGCUUGCGGCUCACACUCCGUUAAAUAUUUACUACGUUUCUAGUGUUGAGACUGUAUUGUAUUUACACUAUAACGGAGUUGUUUGUCGUAGCGUACUAACGAUGGACCACUACAUUUGCCACUCUGAAUACAAAUCAAUUUCGUUAAAAAUUCACUACGUUUCUUAGUAUUGUGUUUACACUAUAACGGAGUGGUUUGCUGUAGCGUAUUAACUACAGACCACUACGUUUGGCACUCCGGAUGCAAAUCACUACGAGUACUACGCUACGGUAAAUUUUCCGUGGCGUCAUGGUGUAAACGCGCCCUAAUUAAAAAUUCGUGAAAUUGAGAUGCGCGUCUUGUGUUAUACUUCCACGCGAAUUUCCAUAUUAUUUACGAAACGUAUAUAUUUAUUUCAGGUAAACAUGAACGAUCGAAUCCGAGAAACGCAUCAGCUUGUUGAAGCACGCUUCGGAAAACAGUUUGGAGAAAAUAAAAAGUCUACUAUGGAGGAUAUGAUUAAAUUUGCGAAUGAAAUCGUCACGAAUUACUCAGAAUCAAAAAAGAUGUUAGAAACAGUUUUUCUAGAGUUGAGAUUAUUAGAAGAGCUGAUAUUUCCUAAGACCAUGGUUGUAGACCAAUUUCCCGAGAAUGCAGUGGUGGACAUAGAUGCGAAAUCUAGGAAUCUCAUUCCAUCGGACGAUCAAUUCAAUUCUGGAAGUGAUACUGGGUUGAACCGUACACAACCAAUUGAAGCAUCUGUAAAACAAAGAUAUUCGACCAAAAGCGAACCAGGGGACAUAAUUAUGCAACGGAUGAAACAGAAACACAAGUCAAUGAGCAAGUCCGCAAGUCAGAUAGGAGGUCGCGACAAGUUGAAGAAAGAUCGCGGUGCGGUAAAGAAGAGGUCGAAAGGUAAGCACGUACAGUUUUAAGUUCGAACUCCUUAUUUGCGCUGCUCUGUAUAACUCUGUAUCAAAAUAAUGUACAUUUUAGAACAAUUUUUGUGCGAAUUUCAAAUCAUCAUGAUCUAUUGAGUAAGAGUAUGCGAAAUUAUUAUGCAAGACUUGUUGCGAUUCUUCCAAAACAGGACUAUUAAUGUGUAUUCAAUCAACCGCUAAGCAGAGGUUUAGUAACUCUUUGAACAACUUGCGCUUAUAGCAGGGUAUAAAAUUAUCUGAAAAUUCAAAUUAGUUAUCUCUGAAACAACAGCAUAGAAACUCAGGCUAGGGUGAUCUAAAAUUAUUAACUGCAUGGGUUCUGCGGUGUCGGGUUUCAGAUGGUGAUAUGAUUUUAGCAUGGUGAUAAUUUUUCAACGUCUUAAGCGAGUUCCAAGUUCACAAGUCUGAAUGCCUCAUUUGUAUUGUGGUAUAUUCCAUACAUUUUUCAUGUGUACUAUUAACAGGUAUAGGCAUGUUUUCUCGUGUAAUUUGGAUGAGACGAGCACUCGCAUGUUUUUGAAAGACGUCAAGUAGCACUAGUCCUUCGGACUGUUCAAUUUUUAUCGUUUUUGAAAAACUCACCAAUUGCAUUCGAAAAAAUAAUAUUACUUAUCAAACUGCAGGAAGGGAAGAGGAAUACCAAGAGAGAUAUGAAGAGAAUGCAGAUGAAGAGAGCGAUGUUGUUCGAAGGAGGAAAAGUAGAAGCAAGUCUGCUGGAAACAUCGGUAGAAUUAGACCAAAAGAAAGACACCGCAGUAAAUCUUUCUCCACCAAAGACAUUUCACGGAAGAAACACACGAGCACUCGUGAUUAUGAUGAUUAA